AACAUGAAGAACUGGUGAGGUCAGGGGAAAGAGCUGUAAUCAAGGCAGGGUUAAUGGUCAACCUGGCAGAGAUCUUUGGAGUGUUCUCCAGCAAACAACUGCUUUCAAGGGAACAGUGUUAGGGGACGGACUGUAACAUACUCUAUUGAACUAAAACACAGUGUGCCACUGACAUUUCAAUGGCAGCAGAUCUACCGUAGCCAAUGUGUUUCUGUUUUUUCUUUGUUGUUGUUUUAAACGUGGGUGUUAUUGAAGAUCCCCUAAUCUGAGGAGUUUAAUAAUUGACAUAGGGGUCUGUAUGUGACAGCUUUAUAGAUUUGACCACUGGUGGUGUGUGUUGUGCAAGAAUCAUUGUACAAUGACGAUCUCUCUUCAGGGGCAGAGCACCAAAUGUGUGCCACCAACAGCUCAAUGUUACACUCAUACUGUAUGUCUGAUUAAAACUUCUAAACUGUGUAGCCUAGAAAUAUUGUUUGUUCAUUCUGAAUCAAAUUUAUUCCCCCUGCUGAAAAAAACAAUAGAACCCUACCCAAAACACAAUAGAAAAUUUAAUAGUUUUAAUGGUUAUAAUGGGAAUUGUAUUGGUUUUAAUGGAAACUAUAAUGGUGUCUAUUCUAUUGGUGGGAUGUUAAAUCCUUUUGGAAAAAUGCCCAAAACAAAAUACAAAAAGGAAUUUUGUAAUGGUUUUACUGGAAAAAGCUAAUGGCUUAUAAUGGUAUUUUAAUGGAAACCAUUGGAAUUUCUGUGAUGGUUUCUAUUGGGCUUCUACUGUUUUUUUUUUUGUUUUUUUUUUUGUUUUUUUAGCAGGGCCAUGCUUUCUGUCUGACCAGAUUUUCCACCGUUUUUAACAUUCUGAAAAACCCAUCUUUUCUAACUGCAGACGUUCAUCAGAUAUCUUCACUAAUUUGUUUCAGACCACUAUAGAUGCAGUCACAUUAGCAACAUUUUUGUUUUUGUGAGAUUUCGUUGGCAAAAUAUUCUGUUUUAUUAAUAGUGUAGCGACAAACUGUGUUACAUAUACAUACAUAAAAACAUGUUUUGUAUUUUCCGUUUUAAUUUAGAUUUUUUUUUUAAUUUGAGUAAUUUUGUUGUUGUCACGCAAUAGGCCUACUCCGAUCACGCGGAUUCAAACUGAAAUAGCCCGCGAAAUUUCGCUGCACAACGGUUAAAAUUAAACGUUUAUGCCACAUAGCUCGCGCUUAACAAUUUUGUAGAUGACAACACCACGAAAGUGAUCUAUACGAUCUAUACAAGUAGAAAUUGAGGUCCUCGGCCAUGAUAACUUUUUACAAAUCGAAAUAUUAGACCUUCAGAACUGGAGGCACACUGCAGAUGGAACAGACAGCUGGCCGAAUUUGUUCAGGAUCACCGGGUUCCCUCGGAGGACUUGCGUGAGCUGCUGGGACACUAUGAGGAGGCCAUUGCCGCCGGGAUUCGGAUGGAAGCACGGAGACCUCGAUGGGACUUCUCAGGAGCUUUUUACUUUGUGGCAACUGUAGCCAGCACUAUUGGUUUCGGGAUGGCAGCACCCGCUACACUGAAUGGAAAAAUCUUCCUUAUCUUCUAUGGGCUGAUAGGCUGCGCAGCCACCAUUCUGUUCUUCAACCUCUUUCUGGAACGCAUGAUAACGCUGAUUACAUUCCUCACACGCAGAUGUCGAAAGCAAAAACAAAAAACUAAGCUGAGUAAAAGACACAUUGUCCCCAAUUUGAACACACAACCAGAACAUGGAGAAGAGCAGGAGUACUGGAAACCUUCUGUUUACUAUGUAACCCUCAUUUUGGCAACAGUUGCCAUUCUGGUGAACUGCGGAGCAUCAGGUCUGUACUCAGCCAUGGAGGAUUGGAGCUACCUAGAUUCUAUGUACUUCUGCUUCGUGGCUUUCAGCACCAUGGGUUUUGGGGACAUGGUGAGCGGACAGAAGGCCCACUAUGAAACACGUUGGGUCUACCAGAUAGCCAACUCUUUAAUGAUCAUCCUUGGCGUGAGCUGCACCUACUCUCUUUUCAGCAUCGCUGCCAUCAUCAUCAAACAGAUGUUGAACUGGAUUUUGGCCAAGCUGUUCAGCCUGCAUUGCUGUCGGUCUCAGGGCUGCUGCUUCAUCACAAGUUUGAAAGUCAAAGAACCGGCCAAUCAGCAGAUACAGAACACAAGCAACCAUCAUGGCACCCGUCAUGUGGUCAAGGCCUCUCUCCCCUCCAAGAGCAAGUGUAAGUGUGCCAGCACUGCAGUAGAAACUGUGUGCCAGAGCUUGGACACAGCAAACAGUGGCCCAACCUUUGAACACGAAAUCAGAGAUUCAUACCAACUUUCGAAGGAUGAUGCAAGUUUUUGAUGCUCUCAGCAAGAACUGUCACCUUAGUCAUCAUCAUAAUGUGCGGGAGGAUGUGAGAACAGUUGCAAUGUCAAUUCAUCAUCAGCAAGAGACAAACAUCAAUGCAAAGCCAGUACUGUAAAAAAUCUGUACGUAAAAAGAAAUGCAGUGAAGACUUAUAAACAGUAAGCUACAGUAUGUAAAAAAAUAUAUUAGAUUUAAUAGGUGAAUGCAUUUCAUUUUAUUUGGAAGUUAAAAGUGUAAAUUACCUUGUAAUUUAGGGUGCAAAUCUAUGUUAUAGAUUUAACAUAUGUACUUUACUUUUACAGUAAAAUUAUCUUUAUUUUACAAUAAAGGACAUUCUGAACUAAAUUAAAUCUCCAACUUGUGAAGGGAAAUGUCACGCUAUUAGUUUUUGUAAAAACAUUAAUAUACUUGUUUGUUUCACCAUAAUAUCCCCACAAUGCAAUGAAAUUGUAAAAAUAUUGAUUUAAAAUGAACUAAUUUUAUUCAUUAAUAAAAAGGUCAAACUCUUAAACCAACCAGCCAGUUCUGAAAUAAAUAAAUUAAGGUAUUCUGAAUUGGAUUUUUCAUUUAUUUCCCUUACCUGCAGUCAUUAGGUCCUAUCAUUCUAUCAUAUAUCAUUCUAUAACAUUUGAACAAGUUUUCCAGCCUAUAUUAUUGUUAGUUUAUAAAAUAUAUUUUUUAUUCAAAAUGUAAGUUAGAAAUUGACUUAAAGAUGCACAUAAUUAUUUCAAUGAGGU